AUGACCUUUAAGAGUGCUUAACUUGGAAGUAGAAAGUGCAAAAACGACUAAAAAGGGAGUCGAAUAGAGCGAAUUAGAACUUGGAGACAGUAACACGUGGAGGCCCGUAGAGCACAAGUCCCGUUCAGCUGCAGUAGAUCGACAAAGCUUCCAGCCAGACCAGAAGCCUUUACUCCYGGAGGAAAGACAACGAUGGAAAGUCCGCUAGGUUUACAUGGUAUCCCYAAUCUACAGGCKCUUCCACCUGGAUGCAAGUACCUAAACUGCGAAGAAGCGCACAACGUUUUACGAAGCUGUGCAACAUGGCGCUUACCAAAYGGUUCAGUUCUUGCCCCKUUUGGUGGGGAGAUWUAYCAAGUGAUUGAGCUGCCGUCUGAAUGCGGCGAUCGCUGCUCUCUUAARCAACCAAAGAAAGUCAGCCCUUCGUCUAGUCCAACGCCUCCAGAUGAUGCUCAUGUUCUUAAUAACCACUGGCUGCGGUUCCGAAGACAACAAGAAUAUGCUCGUGAAGUCGCAAGUCGUUCUGAUUGCUACCCUCCUCGAAUGCCCGUAUUUUAUACAGAUGGCCGACUCUGUAAUUGUCAGUUCUGCGAAGCUGCAAUGUAUCCCGAAAGGCUCUACGGGCAGUAUUCACCGGGGAAACCGCUAGAAGCGAUCUGCAGGCUCAAGCAGGAACGAUUCUCGCCRAGUUUCAGUUCGGRGGAUAGUAGAACUCCGACUGGGAUGUUUCCGUUUGGGCUACCAAUGACUUCACAAGCUAGCGUGUCCCCAACUGAAGAACGUCGGCCAAAGCUGAAACGCUUUCAAUGUAUGCACUGUGAGAAGUCAUUCGGGAAAUCGUCGCAUUUGAGAGAUCACAUUCGAACGCAUACGGGAGAUCGUCCUUUUCGAUGUCAAUUUUGCAGCAAGGCCUUUACUCAGUAUUCCAAUCUUAGAACACAUACUCGAAUUCACACUGGAGAGAAGCCAUUCAAAUGUCAACACUGUUCAAAAAGUUUUACACAAGCUGUGACUCUACGAAGCCACACAAGGACACAUACAGGUGACAAGCCUUAUAACUGCAAACGAUGCAGCAAGUCAUUCUCGUGCUUUUCCGGCCUGAGAGGACACAAUAGAAUCCAUUCUGAUGAAAAAGGAUCGAACUUGGAUAUCGAACUAGAAAUGUCCUCCAAGUAAUUGUAUAUAUAUCAAGUCUUCUAUUCUCUGAUUUCAGUUCAAUAUAGUUGAUUCUAUACACAGUUAAAUCUCGCGUAUAAGAGCAUGUCUAGGGUAUUUUUUCCUUUUUACAAAACGCGCCAAAUUCUUGAUUAUUUUUAGAUUAAAGAGUUAAAAUAUUCUAAAAUUUCGUUGACGUUUUUUUUUUUCACUUUUCGAUUCUUUAUUCCGGUUAGUGUCACUUCUUCAACUGGUGGUUGAAUACACGUUUCUUCGUGUUUUUUUUUUUUUACGAAGAAAAUUUCUGAAAAUCCUUAUCAACAAGUAAACGGCAUUUAAAGCAUGGCGCUCUAACUAGACAUUAAACUAACCAAUGUCAAUAUACGCGAGAUUUAACAGUAAUACAACGAGAAGAAAAAAAAWUAUUCCGCYACAGGACACCAARCCGCGCUUCAUAAGUUGCUACACUUGGRUACACGCCAGGCAUGUUACCAGCAUAGCAGCUUUAAUCUCUUACUUUAAAAGAGAAAGAUUGGGACAGCUUUAAUGCGAAUUCUAUUUUUUAUGAAUAUAAUCUUAUACAUACAAGUAUUUAGAUGGAAACAGUUUUCGAUACAAGGGGUUUUGAGAUCAAACAUUUUCUAAAAUGAUCCUGUAACUACAAGGAUGUGCUGAUAACGAAUUGGUCUAAUAUAAUGUACAAUAUAAAUCGUUAAAUAGCACCCAUUACGGGAUCAAUAAGGAGUUGUUAUAGUCAUUUUUUGUUGAAAAAUCAAAAUCAAAUUGCAAUUAAAAGUGAAUAAUUA